AACCCUCUUCCAGGCGAUUAACCCUGGCUAUUAUAAAACUAUCCCUCGAUGGCGUAAACCUCGAGUGCUCUAAGGGGAAGCGUGACGUCACGAUCUUUCCGCGUGCCUUGACAUUUCUCACGUCACACCUAACUUUCUUUUCGUUACUCAACGGCGGUACGCGUUUCUUCGCCCUAAGAAAAUUUGAUCGACGUUUCUCGGUCUUUCCAAAACUCGUUAAAAAUAAACGGUUUUCGCGCGCCUCCAUCAAACACGCCUACGACACGCGCGUGAAAACAAUUACGUCUUUCCUUCUACCAUCGAUUAAACGACCGGCCUCCGCGCGAACACGUGCCGUCCUGAUCGAAUCCUUGUUCUGACUAUUACACAAUGCAUUUGAAAAAUAUCGUGUUAGAAUCCGCAGUUUCCCAAUGCGUGAACACAUUAGCCAGGGGAACUCGGUAAACGAUUCCGAGCGUAAAUCAACCGAUGCAAUUCUCUAACGGUGACAGUUUGGAAAUUGAAACUGUUACCCGAUUUAAAGUGUCGCGCAACCACCGAGCUAUGUGUACAUAAUUAAAAUAUCACGCACACACGUAAGGCGUCGUUCGCUGGUUUCCGUUGGACUCGUCGCUUCAUAACAACACCGGGCGACCUAACGAUUUCAAGUUCGAAGGUAACGAAUCGUGAUUCUUAAAUUAGUCGUUCGCUCAACACGUCUCGAAUCGUUCCGGUUUCUGCUUAUGCUUGCAUCUCGUUUUCGCCACGAAACAGGGAAAACCGAAAAUACACGCACCGGUCCCGUUUGACGUAGGACCAGGAGUAGUUUCGAAGUAAACGAACCGGGCGAAAUCGAUCUGCCGUUUGUUUGGAGAAUCCAGCCGCGCACGUCUAACGGUGGUUGACUUUGCUAGUUUAGUUUAAGAACGGCUUCGGAUUCCGUUAAAGCCCAGCGUGCGGUCUGAUCCUUGGUUUCCCGGUUUUCACAAAGUUUUAUUUAAUCGCCGAAAAUGGAUAAGCAACCGCGCAAGGUUCAGGGAAGAGCCUCGAUGUCGUUUCCCGUACCAGACGGUGUCCUCGACGUGGACCAGCUCUUGGAAGUUGAUCCAUGGAACGAGAUAAACGAUUUCAUCCAGCAGAAUUUCGCGCAAGAUGUUCUGAACGAAUUCAACGAACGCUUCAAGCUCGAUCCACAGUUCAAGCCCCCAGGUAAGUGUAAGUUUUCUACGAAUACAUUACAGGAUAUUUCAUGUCCGACGUUGACUGCAGAAGACCAAGGGAAAAAGCGAUCGCCUCGUAAAACUCCAAAGAAGCAAACGGGUAAAGAGAAACCAGAGACGGAAGCGACAGACGACCAUCUGCAGGCAGACGGUAAUCCAAAACCAAGAAAGAAACCAAGAAGGGUAAGAUCCACAAAGGUCGACAAGGAGGAUAAGACGGUUCCAGAAGAGAAGGAGGAUAACAAGGAAAAUACUGCACCUAAGAAUAAAGGUAAAAGGCAGACUAAGAAGGAAGCGAGUAACGAUGAAAAUAAAUCAACGAAUCGACAAAGGAAACCGAGAACGCGUGUUAAGAAAAAUUCAGCGCCGUUGUCCACGAGCAACCAGGAACAAGUAGUAGAAGCUUGUUCAGUAGAAAACGGUAUCCAAAAUGAAAGUACGAGUAAGAAUGCGAAUAGAACGGAGAGUGCAGUAUCAGUCAACGGGAACUGCACGAUCUCGCCGGUCGAACCAGUAGAUGCAUCUUCAGUAGUAGAGAAUACUCAAAAUGAAAGUACGAGUAAGAGUACGAAUAGGAGAAGAAGAGUACCAGUCAACAGGAACAGCAAGAAGUCAUCGAUGAAAACAGUAGUAGAUGCCUCUUCAGUGGCAGAGAAUACCCAAAAUGAAAGUACGAGUAAAACUGCGAAUAGGAGAAGAAGAGUACCAGUAAACAAGAACAGCAAGCAGUCAUCGAUCAAGCCAGUAGUAAAUGCGUCUUCAGUAGAGGAAAAUACACAAAAUGAAAGUAAAAGUACGAAUAGAAGAAGUGGAGUAUCAAUCAACAGCAGCUGCAAGAAGUCACCGAUCAAACCAGUAAUAAAUGCUUCUUCAGUAGAGGAAAAUACCCAAAAUGAGAGUACAAGUACGAACAGAAGAAGUGGAGUGUCAAUCAACAGUAGCUGCAAGAAGUCACCGAUCAAACCAGUAAUAAAUGCUUCUUCAGUAGAGGAAAAUACCCAAAAUGAGAGUACAAGUACGAACAGAAGAAGUGGAGUGUCAAUCAACAGUAGCUGCAAGAAGUCACCGAUCAAACCAGUAAUAAAUGCUUCUUCAGUAGAGGAAAAUACCCAAAAUGAGAGUACAAGUACGAACAGAAGAAGUGGAGUGUCAAUCAACAGUAGCUGCAAGAAGUCACCGAUCAAACCAGUAAUAAAUGCUUCUUCAGUAGAGGAAAAUACCCAAAAUGAGAGUACAAGUACGAACAGAAGAAGUGGAGUGUCAAUCAACAGUAGCUGCAAGAAGUCACCGAUCAAACCAGUAAUAAAUGCUUCUUCAGUAGAGGAAAAUACCCAAAAUGAGAGUACAAGUACGAACAGAAGAAGUGGAGUGUCAAUCAACAGUAGCUGCAAGAAGUCACCGAUCAAACCAGUAAUAAAUGCUUCUUCAGUAGAGGAAAAUACCCAAAAUGAGAGUACAAGUACGAACAGAAGAAGUGGAGUGUCAAUCAACAGUAGCUGCAAGAAGUCACCGAUCAAACCAGUAGUAAAUGCUUCUUCAAUAGAAGAGAAUACCCAAAAUGAAAGUACGAGUACGAAUGGAAGAAGUAGAGUAUCAGUCAACAACAGCUGCAAGAAGUCGUCUAUCGAAAUAGUAGAUUCUUUUUCGAUGGAAUAUAAACCCGAAAAUGAAAGUACGAAUAAAAGCAUGAAUAAGAGAAAUGCACCAUCAGCCAUCAGCAACUGCAAGAAGUCGCCGGUCACCACGAGCACGCCGAAACGCAACAUUUCACGAAUUAGCAACUCCACUGAAACGGAGACUGUUAUCGCGAACUAUGACUUAUUGGCGAAGGAUUUUUCUGUAACGAGCGAUAUUUCCAUGAAGAAGCACCGCGAGAUGAAAGAAACUAGCGCAACAAAGAAUCUGAAUAACAACAAUAACACCGAGUGCGCCGAGGCGAAAUGUCAGACAGCUGGUAAACGAGAGAAACAGCGUAUGGACAACGAAUCAAAAAUAUGCAAAAAAAGAGGAAAGUGCAACAAACAUCGGGAUGAGAAAACGGCGACGACAGAGAAAAAGCUGGUCGGAGCGUUCGAGAAACGACUGAUCGAACACCGAGAGAAGCAGAAAGACAGAAGGAUACGUCGGCACGAGAAGAAGGCUGAAGCGGCUAUGGAAAAAUUCAGUCACCACGUCAUACGCAUCGUGAAAAAAAUGGGUUAUUUGCCAGGUACUGCAAAUUAUAUGAUCAGUACGAUUCGUCAUGUCUUAAAUCAGUGUAUCGUAUCGAAUUUAAAAAUAUGACUUUUUAUUUUGCGAAAGAGAAUUAUGAUCCCGGAUCGAAGUCCGAGACA